AUGUAUCUCAAUCUAUCAUGCUCAUCAUUUGGCAAUCAUAUUCCCUCCACGAUCUCUCGCUUGUCUAAAUUACGCUCACUUGACCUUUCAAGUAAUUAUGAGUUGAGACUUGAUGAAUCCACAUGGAGCAAACUCAUUGGUAACACCACUAACUUGGAAAAGCUGGUUUUAGAUGGCGUAGACAUGUCUUCUAUCAGUGAAACUUCAUUGUCUUUGCUCAUGAAUUUCUCAUCCUCUUUGUUGUUCCUGAGUCUUGCUGACACUGGAUUGCACGGAAGAUUUCCAACUGCCAUACUUGGUUUACCUAAUCUUGGAGAACUAAAUUUGUAUUUCAAUGAAGAGCUGAAAUGUGAACUUCCAAAGUCUAACUGGAGCAAUCCUCUAAGGAGCUUGGAUCUCUCUGACACAGCUUUCUCAGAACAAAUACCUAAUUCCGUUUCCCAUUUGAAGUCUCUUAACCAACUACGGCUACACGAAUGCCAAUUUCAUGGAUUAAUUCCUGUGUCUUUGUGGAACCUCACUCAACUAACACAGUUGGACCUUUCAGGAAAUAAACUUCAUGGACCAAUUAGCAAAUUCUCCACUUAUUCAUUGACUUCUUUAUCUCUCUCUCAUAACAAAUUUCAAGGUGAUUUUCCAAAUUUGAUCUUUGAAUUUCAAAAAAAUCUCACUCAAUUGGAUGUGUCAUCUAAUUACUUGAGUGGUCUUGUGGACUUUUCUCAUUUUUCAAAGUUGGAAAAUUUAAAUUAUCUUGAUCUUUCUAACAAUAAAUUUCUCUCUGUUGAUAUUAAUUGUAGUGUUGAAUAUAUCUUACCUCAACUUGAAUAUUUAGAUAUAUCUUUUUGUAGUGUUACUAUUUUUCCUUCAUUCCUACCUAGACUACAAAAUCUAAGAUGGUUAGAUCUUUCUAACAAUAAAAUCCAUGGAAAGAUUCCAUAUUGGUUCCGUGAUAAUCUCUUGCACACAUGGAAGAGCAUGUACUUGAUUGAUCUCAGUUUCAACCAGCUGCAAGGAGAUCUUCCAAUUCCACCAAAUGGCAUCAAUUACUUUUCAGUUUCAAACAAUAACUUUACAGGAGGCAUUUCUUCAACAAUAUGCAAUGCAAGCUCCCUCAAUAUGCUAAUCCUAUCUCACAACAAUUUGACUGGCAAGAUCCCACAAUGUUUGGGAUCCUUUCCUUCGCUUCAGGUUUUGGAUUUUCAAAUCAACAACUUUUAUGGAAGUUUACCUGAAAACUUCUCUAAGAGUAAUGAUUUUGCGACUAUUAAGUUGAGUGGCAACCAUUUAGAAGGACCAGUACCACAGUCUUUGGCAAAUUGCACAAAACUGGAAGUUCUAGACCUUGGUGACAAUAACAUAGAAGAUGUAUUUCCCAGUAGGCUAGAAGCUCUUCAGGAACUACAGGUACUCAGUUUGCGAAAUAACAAAUUUCAUGGUACCAUCACUUGUUUGAGUAGGAAGCACCCAUUUCCAAAGUUGAGAAUUUUUGAUGUGUCUAAUAACAAGUUUAGUGGCCUUUUGCCAAUGCAAUACUUUCAAGAGUUUCAAGGAAUGAUGACUCUAAAUGAUAAUACCCAAAUUGGUGGUUUGGAGUAUAUAAGUACCAAUCCUAAUACGAGCAUUGCACAAUAUAAUGACUCUGUUGUGAUUAUUAUGAAAGGUCAAUUGACAGAACUGUCAAGGAUAUUAACUAUUUUCACAACCAUAGACUUGUCGAAUAACAUGUUUGAAGGAGAAAUCCCACAAAUUCUUGGAGAAUUGAAUUCUCUCAAAGGACUUAACCUUUCACACAACAAAAUCAGUGGUAUGAUUCCACAAACUUUGGGAAAUUUGACAAGUUUAGAAUGGUUAGACCUCUCAUGGAAUCAACUGAAAGGUGAAAUACCUCUGUCUUUGACAAAUUUGAAUUUUCUAUCUGUCUUGAACCUUUCUGAAAACCAGUUGAAGGGAGAGAUACCAACCGGAAAACAGUUCAAUACAUUCCAAAAUGAUUCCUACAGAGGAAACCCCAUGCUUUGUGGUUUCCCUUUGUCAAAGUCAUGCAGCAAUGAUGAAGAACAACCACCUUCAGUGUUUCCUGAGGCAAAAGAAUCAUUAUUUGGGUGGAAGUCAGUUGCAGUGGGAUAUGGAUGUGGAGUGGUAUUUGGAAUGUUCCUUGGAAGGUUGUUUAUAAAGACUGCGAAACCCUUGUGGCUUGCCAGACUUAUUUGUGGCUAUACUUAACAAAACAUGCACAGCAGAUCAGAGGCCA